AUGUUUAACAUGGAUGGCAUAAACGUUGGACGAUGUCAUAGUUUAGAAAGCACCAGUGUAGUGCCGGUAUCACUUGGUGGUUCGCCCAUUUCAGCCAACAGUUCCGAUGUUUUCUUAUACGACGAUUCAUCAAUGUCCGACGGAAGCCUCUAUGCAAGUGAUCAGGAAAAUUUAUCGACUCCUCUAAAAAGGUCGGAAUACAGGCGACUGCAUAAAAGACGUUCACGAUGUCCUCAACAGCAAAUUCAACAACGGCAGGCGGCUAACUUGCGUGAGCGUCGUCGUAUGCAAUCUAUAAAUGAUGCAUUUGAGGGACUAAGAGCACAUAUACCUACGCUGCCAUAUGAAAAACGGCUCUCCAAAGUAGACACACUAAAACUGGCCAUCGGUUAUAUCAGCUUCUUAGGUGAACUGGUCCGAGCAGACAGAAGCUUAUCGGACACCAUGCUUUCUGGCGUAAGCAACAGCCACAAUAAAGAAGAACAGAAAAAGAUUAUUAUCAGAGGUAGUAAUUUUCAAGCACAUUCAUUGUCAUGGUCGAGACGUGGAGAGCGGCCACCAGGAGGAACGCUGCACGCCAAAAUCUGGGUUCCUGAAGAUCCUAAAACAUGCUGUAGUUCAAACAAUGUUAUAGAGAAAGAAGAGCUAAGAUAA